AUGUUAGAGUCUUUUAUGACUGAGAAAAUUGAUGUUUAUUACCCUCCAAAAUGUGGCAGUCCUGGAGAACGGGGUGUCGACCUGUGCGGACCUCUGCUUUUAAAAGGAGAUAGAAAAUGCUGGGUGGUACUCUUCACUUGUGCCAUCUACCGAGCGGUGCACCUCGAAGUAGUAUCGUCCCUGUCAACAGAUUGUUUCAUCUUGGCCCUUCGCCGAUUUAUUGCUCGCAGAGGACACCCGUCCACUGUAUACUCUGACAAUGGGACAAAUCUUGUGGGAACGGCAAAUCUUUUGAAGAACAUUAAUUGGAACGAAAUUGAAGACUUUGCUUCAAGGAAACGAAUUUCAUGGAAAUUUAAUCCUCCCUCUGCCCCUUGGUGGGGAGGCUUCUUCGAAAGAUUAAUAGGAGUUUUGAAAGGCAUCCUGAGAAAGGUUCUAGGACGAGCUUGUUUGAAUGAAGAAGAGUUAGCUACAGUAUUAUGCGACGCGGAAAGUUUAAUUAAUUCCCGUCCUAUAACGUAUCUUUCAGAAGAUCCCGAAGAUCUGUCAGCGCUCACACCAUCCAUGUUUCUACAGGAAAUUAAAGAAAUUGGUGUUCCUGAAUUUGACCUAAUUGAUUCAAAAAAAUUGAACAAAAGAUAUUCUUAUCGGUUAAAAUUGCGACAAAGACUUUUUCCGCUGGAAGUGUAA